AUGCAUAAUACUGGCAACUCUUUAGAAAAGAGAAGUCAAGCCAGCAAGCCGUCACAGAAGAAAGUUGGUACUUGUGAUGAUGGCAACACGAAUGAUGUUACUAGAAAAACAAACAAGAAAAACUACAAGAAUGGGAAUUCAAAAGGACAAACCCGUUUUGUAGAGUAUUUGUCAUCCAAAGAGGUUGACGAAGGUUUAAAGAAUGGUACACUUUUUGAAGGUGUUCUCCAUAUCAAUCAACAAAACAGACAAUUGGCGUUUGUUGUCUUGGAAGAAGCUUUGAAACAAAAACUUCAACAUGAUAUGGAUGUUAGAAUUAGUGGUGAAGCUAGAAGAAAUAGAGCUUUCCACGGUGACAGAGUGAUUAUCAAAAUUGAUGAUAGAAGCGAAUGGCAGGAAAGAAAGGUCUCUACAGCCAUUGGACAAAGAUCAGAUGAACCAUCAGAUUUAUUUGAAGAUGAAGGCAAUGAAACUGGUAUAGAUGAUGAAAGUACUCCAACAACAACAACAGAUAAUUUUAGAAAGUUGCUUCAACCCACUGGGAGAGUUGUUGCAAUUAAGGAACGCGCAAAGAAAAGAGAUUUUGUUGGAUUUUUAACAACCUCACGUGAGAAUGGUGUUAUUGAUGAAGCUGACCAACAUUGUAUUUUUGUUCCUCUCGAUAAGAGAUGUCCUCGAAUGGUCAUUCCUCUUUCUCAAUGUUCAGACUCUUUCAAAAGUAAUCCUAUGGCUCAUUCCAUGGAACUUUAUGUUGUUCAAUUUUCUACAUGGAGUGAGAAAGCUACUCUUCCUUAUGGCAGGAUUAUUAAACACUUGGGAAGAGCUGGUAAUAUCAAAACUGAUUUAGAAGCAGUCGUUAUUGAUUAUGAAAUUGACGUGACAUCCUACUCAGAGAAAGUUAUUGAAGAGAUUCGUAAUGAACUUAAUAUUCCAGCUGCUGAUGAAUGGAAAAUUCCAGAAGCAGAGAUGCAAAAAAGAAAAGAUGCAAGAUCAGAACGAGUUUUCACCAUUGACCCAAAGCAAUCGAAGGAUCUAGAUGAUGCAAUCUCAAUUCAAAGACUUGAUGACGGUAUUUUCAAAGUAGGAAUUCAUAUUGCUGAUGCUUCUCAUUUCAUUGUUCCUGGCUCAAAGCUGGACAAAAUUGCUCAAAAGAGAGCUACCAGCGUCUAUUUGGAUCACAUGACCAUUCCAAUGCUUCCAAACUUUUUAUGUGACGACAUUUGCAGUUUAUUACCUGGUAAAGAGAGACUCGCCUUUAGCGUUUAUGUACUCAUGAACGAAAAUGGUGAGGUUUUAAGAGAUCAAAGAGUUGAAUUCCAAAAAUCCGUUGUCAAGUCUUGCGCCAAGCUCACUUACGAGAUUGCUCAAGAUAUCAUUAGCGGAAAAAUCUCUUCUGACUCUGAAAUUUAUAUGGAUGAUUGUCCAAGAGAGACUGAAACAUUUUGCCCAAAUGUCCCUGGUUCACUUGUUGAAGAUGUUUUGCUUCUUCACAAGCUCGCCAUGAAGAGAAGACAAAGUAGGAUUGAAAAUGGAACACUUUCUCUUAGCAAGCCAAGAAUUCAGUUAGAACUCUCUGAAGAUAUGGAAACUGUCAAGUCAGUCAACAUUAAGGAAGAAAAGGAAAGCAAUAAUAUGAUUGAAGAAUUAAUGUUGUUGGCUAACUAUUUAACAGCAGAACACUUAUUGCGAACAAGUUCCAAUCAAGGUGUUUCUGUGUUGUUACGGUCUCAUGGUAGUCCAUUUGAGAAGAAAAUGAACGAUUUUGUCGAGUUUUGUAACAAUGCCAAAGUUGACAUCAAUGUCGAAUCUGCUGCUGAUCUCGACAAUAGCUUACGAAUGAUUACCGACGACGAAGUCUCUGCAGUUAUUAAUUUAGAGGCAACAAAAGCAAUGCAGUCUGCCAAAUACUUUGCCUACAAUGACAGAGAUGGUUAUGUUCUAUCUACUCAUCACUAUGCUCUCAACGUUCCUUAUUAUACUCAUUUUACAUCACCAAUUAGAAGAUAUUCAGAUGUUAUUGUUCACAGACAAUUAGCAUAUGCUCUAUUUUCUGAUCGCCCUGUUUUAUACUCGAAUGAGCUGAAGAGAUUGAUUGACCAAUGCAACAAAAAGUCAACUCUUGCAAAACGUGCCGAAGAUCAAACAAAGCACUUGUAUCUUUGCCAAUACAUUGAACAAAAUCCAGACCUUAACAGAGUUCUUGCUAUUGUUCGUGGAUUGAGUGGAAAGACCAUUAGAGUUGUGAUUCCACAAUUAUCUCUUGAAUGCAAGCUGCCUAUUGACUCUUUCAGAUCAAGAAUUAAGGAUAAAAAGCAUGAUAAGGAAACUGGAAUUUUGAGAUGGGUAUGGAUUGAAGAUGAAAAAGAAGAAAACAUUCAUCUCUUCGACAAGAUCCCUGUUCGUCUCUAUGUCAAACGAUACAAUCCUCUACCAGAAAUUGCCAUUGCUCUGGACAAAUAA